AUGGAAAAGAUUGAACUUAAGCAGAUUGAUGGCAAACCAGUUUUGGAACCAGGUAAUAUUAUUGUAAGUGCCAGGGUUAAAAUCCUCAUACAGGAAGAACCAGCUACAGAACCACCACAACCAUCCGAGAACCCGGACAACUCAUCCACGCCAACUCCUCCUACUACUCCUCGAUGGAGAUAUGGUCAUUAUGGCUGGGGCUAUGGUCGCUGUGGCUACCCGCCUUGGUAUGACCCUAACUGUAAGGAUCCACAAUAUAGAUAUGGAAAUUUACCAGAAAAAAAUUUGACUGUACCAGCCAACGGUUUAGUGACGUAUGAUUUAUUGGUGAAUGAAACCGAUUCUGUGGAGGUUUAUCUAAAUGUACAUUAUGUAGAAGAUACUGGCGUAUAUACAUCAAGGACUCUAACAACUUUCAGAUCCCCGAGCAACACAUUCUUGUCUGUAUCUCUUAAAACUAACAAACCAGCAUCUGGACAAAAAGUUAAGCUCGAACUCAAAGCUACUCGAAAAUUUAGUAGAGUUUAUUACACAAUUCUGUCUCGAGGAGUGCUGAUCACAGAAAAUCACCAAGAUUUCAGUACACCAAGUAAAUCUCAAAUUCUCAGCUUUUCCGUAACUAGCGAUAUGGCACCAAAGCUUAAAAUCAUAGUAUUUAUUAGAGUGGAAGAUAAAGAAAUUGUUGCUGAUGCUAUCUCAUUUAAUGUUGAGGGAUUUUACAAUAACAAGGUAUCGUUAAUGUUCGAUUCGGAUAAAGUAGAAACUGGAUCCAUAUCAACUCUCAGUGUUAAAGCUUACAGAAAUUCUAAUGUAUAUGCUGUAGCUGUUGAUAAAAGCACCACUUUACUUGGAGAAGCAUCAGAUGAUUUCAGCCAAGGUGUUGAAGGAUUCUUAGCAGUUGGUGGUGGGAAUUAUUAUAGAAAGAAGAGGGAAGCUUUCUUUAGAAAAAGGCAUGAAUCUGAAUAA